AAACUCAUCCUCUCCAUGUGGAGGAGAGGAAGGUGGUCACAAGAAAUAGAGAGUAGAAGGAAAGGGGGAGGGUCCCCUCUCUUUCCUUUUCUUUUAGUUCUUUCUCCUCUCUCCAUUCUUUUUGCCUUGCUCUUGAAAUUAAGGACACUGAGAUAAGCUUUCUUUUUACCUUCUCUGGUACUGGAAAAAAGAAGCAUCAAGAUACGGCUCCAAAAGGUGGCCUCGUGUUACUGCUGCUACUUGUGUCACUAGUAAUGCCGGAAGAAAGGGAUGGUGGCAGGAGGCAGGGCUAAGACAUCUUCUUUGAGGCCCACGCCAGACAUUUCAUUUAGUGGAGGGCGGAGGAAAGAAAAGUUUCUCAGGAUGUCUAAGCUGGAAUGACUGCUGAUUUAAUAUGGGGUCAUUGGCACCUGAGCUGGAGACUGUACACUGGGAGAUCUACCUAUCACUGGGUCUGAAGACAUCAGGCAGAAGAAAAUCUGAAUUUCCAAGGAUAUUGUCUCUUCUGUCAUCACUUCUCGAGAGAGUUGUUCAGAAGAAUGAAAUGUUACUAGAUUCAAAUAAAAUUAAAAAUGCUGUCACUGUUUUUCAUGGUUUGAGAGCCCCAAACAUCAGCAUACAGAAGUAUCUGGAGCGCAUCUUCAAGUAUUCAAAGUGCAGCCCAUCCUGCUUUGUCCUUGCACACAUAUACAUUGAUAGAUUUCUUCACCAACCAGACAUUCAUCUGACUUCUCUCAAUGUUCAUCGCUUGCUGAUUACAAGUAUUGUGGUAGCAGCAAAAUUCAUUGAUGAUGCAUUUUUCAACAAUGCAUAUUAUGCCAAGGUAGGGGGAGUCAGUACUGUAGAGAUGAACAGAUUGGAGCUAAAUUUCUUAUUUAACUUAGAUUUUAGACUUCAAGUGAAUUUGGAGACAUUUGGAAGUUACUGUUUACAAUUGAAAAAACAAGCCACAGAAUGCAGUGUAGAGCGGCCAAUUCAGGUCUGCAGGCUAAAAGACUGGACUACUAAAGAAGAUUCGAAAUGCCAACCAGCAGUCCCAAGGUACAACUGUGGAGCUGUCUAAAGGUUUCUAUAGUUUCCUGUAUGUGCCUUGCAACAUUUAAGUACUUUCUUGUGAAUGACAAUUGCCUCUUGUUCUGUUGAUGUUUCCAUCAUCUUUACCAAGCCUGGUUUCCAACACAAUUGCUGUAUGUUCUUUUGCACAUGGAAUCUUGGAUGCUGGAUUGAAAAUUAAUAGAAAAUUGUGCAUGGCUAACCAGCAACACAA